AUGGCUGAUCGGGGAACUGGUGCCCGCGGCGGCGGCUUCGCUUCUCGUGGCGAUCGUGGUGGUGACCGUGGCCGUGGCCGUGGCGGUCGCCGUGGUGGACGUCGUGGUGGCGGCAAGAGCGACGAGAAGGAGUGGCAGCCCGUCACCAAGCUCGGCCGCCUUGUCAAGGCUGGCAAGAUCAAGAGCAUGGAGGAGAUCUACCUUCACUCCCUCCCCAUUAAGGAGUACCAGAUCGUCGAUUUCUUCCUCCCCAAGCUCAAGGAUGAGGUUAUGAAGAUCAAGCCCGUCCAGAAGCAAACCCGUGCCGGUCAGCGUACCCGUUUCAAGGCCAUUGUCAUCAUUGGUGACUCCGAGGGCCACGUCGGUCUCGGUAUCAAGACCUCCAAGGAAGUCGCAACUGCCAUCCGUGCUGCCAUCAUCAUCGCUAAGCUCAGCGUCAUCCCCGUCCGUCGUGGGUACUGGGGCGCCAACCUUGGUCUUCCCCACUCCCUGCCCACCAAGGAGAGCGGCAAGUGCGGCUCUGUCACCGUCCGCCUUAUUCCCGCCCCCCGCGGUACUUCUCUCGUCGCUUCUCCCGCUGUGAAGCGUCUCCUCCAACUUGCCGGUGUUGAGGACGCCUACACCUCGUCUUCCGGCUCGACCAAGACCCUCGAGAACACCCUCAAGGCCACCUUUGCCGCCGUCUCCCACACCUACGGAUUCCUUACACCCAACCUGUGGAAGGAGACUAAGCUCAUCAGGAGCCCUCUGGAGGAGUUCGCCGAUACCCUGCGGGACGGCAAGCGCUACGCUCAGUAG